GCCGAAUCGAGUUGAAACACAAACAUGGACCCAUGCUCAGUUCCAGGUCUCGACGCUUCGCAGAUAGCGGCUAUACGCCACUCAGCCAGAGCUCUCCUCCCCGGAUGCGCUUCCUUUCUCGCCUCCCUUAUCAAAGUGGACACCACGAACCCCCCGGGACGACACUACCCAGAAUGCGCUGCGUUGAUCGGAGACAAGCUCGUGUCCCUCGGCUUUGAUGUGCAGUACAUCGAUGUACCGCCCGAAAGCUAUGGGGAGCUGGCACCACUGGGCGAGGGCUUACCAAGGAGGAACGUCGCUGCGAGGCUCGGAGGGAAAGGAGAUAAGACACUGCAUGUUAAUGGACACUUCGAUGUUGUCCCAGCAGGCACACUUUCAACGUGGAAGCACGAUCCUUUUGGAGCUGAGCUGGAGAAUGGGAGGAUGUACGGAAGAGGGUCGUCGGAUAUGAAAAGUGGCAUCGCAGCCCAGAUCUUUGCGGUCGAAGCGGUACAACGCGCAGGUUUUAAGCUCAAGGGGUCCAUUGAACAAUCAGGCGUCGUUGACGAGGAGACGACCGGCGUCCGCAAUGCAGGCAUGGGAUUCCUUGUUGAACAAGGUUUCUUCGCGCCCGAACGCAAGAUUGACGCCGUCAUCAUCACUGAGCCCCUCGGCGUCAACAACAUAUGUUUUGCCCAUCGCGGGACUCUAUGGGGCACGUACACCUUCUACGGCCGCGCCGCGCACGGAUCCAUGCCCUCGCUGGGAAGAAAUGCGCUGCACCAUGCCUGUGCGUUCGUCCAUCUCGCAAACACCACUCUCGGACCCAAGCUCGCUGCAAGGAGAGAUCCGACGGUCAUUCCCCCUUCUGCACAGGUCGCAUCUCUCGCCUUCACAGUGCUCAACUCCGGGUCCAAUGUUAACACCAUCCCCGACGUCGCAAGUGUGCAGUUCAAUCGCCGCCUGGUCUAUCCCGAGACCAUAGAGGAAGCACGCAAAGAGCUGCGUGACGUACUGGAGGGUAUGAAGGCUAUGGAGGAGUUCGAAGAUAUGCGCUGGGAAUAUGAGGAAUCGUAUCAAACUGAUCCGGCGAUUGCGCCUAGCGAUGCACCGAUUGUGGGCGUGUUGCAAAGUGCCAUUGGAUUAGUCACAGGCAAGGAUGCAGGCUGGGUGACAACACCAGGGAGCGAUGACCAACGCUUCCUAGUGAACACACUCAAGCCGCCGAUCAAAGCGACGUACAUUUAUGGCCCUGGCAACCUCUCGGUGAUUCAUACCAGUGAUGAGAGCAUUGACAUAGAGAACGAGCUAGGAAAGGGGUUGGAGGUACUUGCCCUUACUUUCGCUAGUUUCCUCGGACUCGAGGAUGCAUAGAGGGCCUGGUCUGGAUGUAUACUCUUGGAAAUUCAU